AUGCAAAACGCAGAGGCUGCUGAACAGCUCGCCCUCCAACUCAAGGGCCUGCUGCGUGACAAGACCAUGACGCAUGACCAGUUAGCGUCAUGCUACAGCAUCAACCAGGGUCACAGCCUCGUCCAGAAGCUGAAAGAGAUGAGUCUAGGCGAUCAUAUGACGCUAUCGGCCUUCGUGAAUCACUUCCACGAGCAUUUUGAAGCCGUCGGUAAAAACCAGCUGAAGGCCAAGGCACUCGCGACCCCAACGUCUCCAUCUUCAGAAGGCUCCCACAUCCCUCACGCUCGUAGAAUUGAAGGCUAUGGAAGCGUCAAUGCAGGACCUGGAGAGGGAGGGGAAGAGCCGGAAGAGCAGUCCAUGCGGUACUCGGACAUCUCGCAGAGCCUCCGGAACAUCCUCAAGGAAGCUUCUGGCCCUCUUCCCCUUCAGAAGCUUGACGCCCUCUUUGUCGAAAAGUACCAGACAUCGGUUUCUGCCAUCGCUGGAAUGUCUACGGUGGAGUACUUGCAGAGGAAGGAGAGCCUUUUCGAAUACAAUUCUGCCGAGCAGACCGUGACCUUGCUGGAAAAGGGCGCCACUAUCACAGCUGGUGAAAUGGAUGAAAGAUUCGUCAUCAAGGAGUUCAUUCAGCUAAUAGAGUCGAUGGGCCCUGUCACCUACAUCUCCACCAUUUGCGGCAAGUUCAUCCAGAGGAACGGCAUCUCUGUGACAUCAGUCAUCUCCAGCCGGCCCUUGGACCUCUUCAAGCGACACCCGGACUCUUUUCUUGUCUUGGGAGCUGGCAACGUCACCCUGAAGAAGUACGAGAGCCUGCCAGAAGUCCAGCGACUCAUGGAGCCAGCCCCGAAGGCUCACAAGAAGGCUCGUGAGAAGGUGACGGAGGAUCCACUGGAGAUUCCGGACGUGAUCACGGAACAGCAUGUUGUCGAGGAGUUCCGACGCUUGAUCCUGGCAGAUGGCAUGGACUCAGUCUACAUCUCAUCGCUGUGCGGUCGCUUCUUGCAGCGUUUUAAGCAACCUGUGGCCGCCAUUAUCGACAGCAAGCCGGCAGAAUUCUUGCGGAGGCAUCCGGAUAUCUUCGUAAUGACCGGCGGCGGAAACGUGGGCCUUCGUGAGGUUUUGGGGCCAGAUGCUGUUUCAGUGCUGCCUCCAGCCACACGUACAAAGCCAACAGCCCAAGUGGAGGCCGGGGCAUUUCAUGCAGCGCUGACGGAGAAGGACCUCCGUGACCUAGAGCACGGCACCCUUGGUCAAGAGGCCUCCCAGGCUUUCAUGGCUGCGCUGGAGGUCAUUCGUUCUGAGCUGCAAGAGGUGUCUUUCCUGGCCGUUGAUCGCGUCGUUGUUGGAGGCCCUGCCGGCCAUGGGCUUCAUCCUAGCCAUGGUGCCGAGAUUGUUGUAUUUGUCAGGCAGUUGCCGUUCAACAACUUUUCGCAGUGGCUGCCGCACAUCGUGGAGACUCUGACUUCGGUUCUGCUCAUAGCCUUUUCCCGAACAUGGCAGUGA